UUAUUUUGUUUAGAGAAGCUUCAGCCCACUUCUUUGCUCUGUUCUCUGUAGGGGAGACUGCUCUGCUGAAGCAUGGCUGCUAAACGGGCUCUGGUGAUUCUGUCGAAGGGCGCAGAGGAGAUGGAGACGGUUAUACCUGUAGAUGUGAUGCGGAGAGCUGGGAUUGCUGUUACAGUGGCAGGAUUAACAGGGAAGGAACCAGUCCAGUGCAGCCGGGACGUCCUUAUCUGCCCAGAUUCAAGUCUAGAGGAAGCCUCUAAACAGGGUCCGUAUGACGUGGUCCUUUUGCCUGGUGGAGCACUUGGUGCCCAGAACCUGUCUGAGUCUCCUGCUGUGAAGGAGGUGUUGAAGGAGCAGGAGGGCAGGAAGGGGCUGAUUGCUGCCAUCUGUGCAGGUCCUACUGCACUCCUGGCUCAUGGCAUUGCCUAUGGCAGCACAGUCACCACCCACCCUGGUGCUAAGGAUAAAAUGAUGACUGGAGAUCACUACAAGUACUCAGAGGCUCGUGUUCAGAAGGAUGGCAACCUCAUCACCAGCCGGGGUCCAGGCACCAGCUUCGAGUUUGCUCUUACAAUAGUAGAGGAGCUGAUGGGUGCUGAGGUGGCUGCUCAGGUCAAAGCGCCACUGAUUCUGAAAGAUUAAUCAGGAUGCGCUGAUUAUUAACUUCAUCACUGUUGACAAAUCCACUGUCAGUCCACUGAUGACAAAUUCAACUGCUAAACCUUGUUGUCUUUCAGUUUCCCCUCAUCUGGAGCUGAAUUUGAAAAUUUUCUCACAGUUGUUGGCUUCAGAAAAAAUCUAAAAAAGGUUUUGAUGGAAUAUUGGAAUCGAGGUACAUGCUAGAUGAUUCAAGCACUUUAAAUCUUUAUUUUUGCUAUGUAGAAUUAAAAAAAAAAACCUUGUGUAAAUUAAUGUGAAUGGUCCUGUGUAACAGCAUGGCAAAUGAUGUAAUAAAGGCACACACCAGUGUUUAACACAUA